GGACAGAGCUCCACGUCCCCACUGCUGUCCAUCAACGUGGCACAACAAGCCCCGCCCACCGAGGUGACGACUUCCGGCAGCGACUCCCUCCCCCCUCGGGCGACGAAUUCCGGCGGAAGAGCUCUGUGUUUGUUGUGCUACAAAUCCUGGACCAGAAAGUGCCAAACUGCAUCAGUUUAUUCACUGGUGAUAAAUAGACAGUAGACAGUAGUAGGGUUGAGUGGGGGGAGAUGAGACACCUGUGCAUCUGAGCAUUGAUUUGUCAUGUGACACCAAACAGUCUGGAAGUGCACAGCAUAUCCAGCUGUCUGUAAAUGAGAGAAACACAAGAGAAAAGUGCUUGUGCUGUUGUCAAACACCACAGGAAAGCGAUCAUGCCACGGAACUAUAUUCGUAAAACGGACUGGGGCUCAGUAACCUAUGAGGAGCUGGAGAAAGCGUUUGUUGAAGUGAAGCGUGGGAAAUCUAUCAGAACCGUGGCAAAAGAAAGAAAGAUCGGCAGGUCCACCCUGCAGCGCUACAUGAAGAAGGCAGAAGAGAAAAGAGAGAAAACCGUGGGCUACAGAGGAACGGCUGAAGCCAGGAGGAUCUUGUCUGAGGAGUUAGAGGAGGAGCUUGCAGAAAACAUCCGCAUGCUGGCUGAAGGCGUGCACAGCCUCACGCCAAAGAGAUGCAGAGAAAUCGCUUUUGAAUUUGCACAGAAGAACAACAUUCCCGUCCCCAACAACUGGGGAGAGCAGAGGUUAGCGGGUCGAGAUUGGCUCAGUAGUUUCAUAGCCCGCCACAAUCUCUACAGCCACAUAACUGAAGCAACAUCUUUGGGAAGCUACGGACAGGUCAUCAGUUUCAGUCUCAUUAACCAGGACGAAGUCAAGAAAGAAAUCAAAGAGGAGCGUGAUGUUCCUGUCCCCAUUCAUCAGACUUCAGAGGAGGACAGCGCUCAAAUUUGUGAUUCAGACCGAGACCUGUUAGAUACUGAUUUAUUUCUGACAUGAUGUUAUGAGGAAGCACAAUGUAAAAAAAAAAAAAACACAUUUUGUUGCUUAAUUGUGUUUCCUGUUUGUUUAGGAAUAUCUUUAACAAAAUAAGUACUUUAAAAUUAUUUGAAAUGAGGCCACACAUUAUUAUUCAAAAUUCUGUUCAUGCUGUUACUUAUAUAAAUCAUUCAUAAUCAUGUUAUUUCUCAAGAUGAUGCAACAAAAUUGUGUAUUCAUGUAUUUAUUUAUUUGUAUAUUCCUGUAGCUCAACGAGUAGAGCAUGGCACUUGCAACGCCAAGGUUAUGGAUAAACCUUCAACCCCAUAAUGAUUGUUUCUUUAGAUCUGUUUUAUAUCUAAGGGGGAAAAACACUUUCAAAAGUUAUACUGUACAUAAAAUUGUGUUAGAAGAUAUUAAAUAUGGUGCU